AUGACCCCGGCCACCCCAAACUCAGCCCCGCCGAGCCCAGAGCCAGCCCACAGCACCACCCGGCCGAAGCCCCUCACCGUCCCAAACCCAGCCGACCGCCGCGCCGUCUCCGCCCCCUUCGCCGCCGACCCCGCCGCCCGGCUCCACUCGAUCACCGAGCACAGCAGCAGCAGCCCCACCGCCAGCCGCACCUCGGCCUCCAGCCAGUCCGACCCGCCCUCCCCCCGGAAAUGGGCCGGCACCUUCUACCUCUGGCUCUACCACACCGCCCAAACCCAGGACCACCCCACCCCCAGCACGCCGGUCCCCCCAUCCACCCGCAUCGCCGGCCUCUCCAAGCACUUCUUCGCCCCACACCCCCGGAACCCUGCGCCCGAGCCCAAGCCGGCCAAGCUCUCGCUCGGCAAGAAGGAGCGCCGCAAGCUCGGGCUCAUCAGCGGGCUCACCAAGCAGAGAGAGCCCCCGGGAGGAGCGCCGUCUCAGCUCGAGUCGCCCGCCGCCGCAUCCGCAUCCUCCAUCCUCACCACCCGCAGACCUAACCUGGACCCCCACAGCCUCGCCGAGCAUCUCGACGCCCUCGCCGCCGACCGCAGCGCAAUCGACUCCGCCAAGAUCUCCGCCCUCAACCAGGCCCGCUUCGCCCCUCCCCCCGACCCCACCUCCAAGCCCCCCAAAAAACUGCCCUUCGCCGCCGAGGCCGCCAAGCUCACCCGCAAGAAAACCGCCGCCCCAGAGAGGAAACCCCGCGAUCCGAGCCCCUCCUCAGCCGGCCCGGUCUCCGGCCAGCUGGCCUUGGGCCCCGGCCCGGCUAUGAACUCGGCGGGCAUCGGCUCGGGCGAAUGGAAGCUGGUGCAAGGAGUGAUCACCGAGGACGGCCAUUUCACGCUGUACACCGACACCGAUGUGGUGGUGAGUCGGAUCUAUCUCCCUUCUUACCGACGGACGGAUGUCCGGAUCGUCCAUCAGUCGAUCUUCGGCCGCCCCCACUGCGGCGUCAUCGCCGGUCGCCGGGCAAGCGUGGCGAACAGCACGCAUGGGCCCGGGGCGACGUGCCCGUCCUCCACCUCGCUGCCCGCGACGGCCUCGCUGUUCCGGCCAUCGACCAACGGCUCGCUGGCCUCUCUCGCCCCCAGCAGCGCGUGCAGCACCGCUCCCCACGCCUCCGCGUCCCUCGCCGGCGCCUCCACCACAGAGACAGCAACAACGGCCCCGGAGACCUCGAUCUACAUCUGCAUGCCCUCCUCCAUCAUGCUCGAGGCCUGGCUGGUGAUCUGCAAAUGCUUCUGCAGACCCGCCGACUUCCGCCACCUGUAUCCGCGUGCACCCAAGAGCAAAGGGAGAGUCCCCAGCGGGCCGGGCUCCCCCUCGACGCCUGGCACCAAGCGUGGCUCGGUGGGCUCGGCCAGGUCGACAGGCGCGCCCGAGCGCGUCCGCAUCUGGCGUGCCGUCGACGUGCUGCUGCUCGAGGGCCGCAAGCUCGGCGAGCCCCGGCUCGUCUCCUCCGUCACUUCUGAAACCGCAUCGGCAGCCGGCCGGCCGACGAAGGACGAGCGGCGCAACUCCACCGGCGCCUUCUUGCGCGCCCAGACGCUCCGAAACCCGCCCAAGCCUGUCGACCAACCCCCCACCUCCGGCCCGGGCCUCAACCGCCAGAGCUUGCAGGCGCCCCCCUCCAUGUCCUCCCUCGACGACAAAUCCCCAGCCUCCUCGACCCCGGCUGCCGCUGCCCCACAUCUCGAGCCGGCGAAAUCUGCCCCGCCCGCUGGCAGCCAGCCGGCUGCCGAUUGCUUCUUCUUCGUCGAGCUGCAGUGGGACGGCGACGUGUUUGGCCGCUCGACUGUCAAGCGGACCCCGAGCCCGUUCUGGAGCGAGCCGUUCCGCUUCGCUGAGAUCGGCUCGUUCAAGACGCCGCUGGUCCUGAAUGUCUACCAGAUCAGCCGGGCCCCCGGGCUCGCCGCCCAGAUCUCCCUCGUCGGCCGGAGGGCUCUGGACUGCAGGGCCCUGGCCAAGAACGCCCCGCUCCAGCUCUGGCUGCCCAUCUACGCCGACGACACUCUCGCCGAGCCUCCUCCGGCCAACCUGACCCAGAUCGUCGGCGAGCUCAAUCUGUCGAUCACCGUCAUCGAGCAGGUCGUCUUGGCGGAGGCCGAGUACGCCAAGAUGAUGAAUUUUUUGAACAACGACAACGACAUCGAGCUGGUGCUCAACCUCGCGCACAUGGCGGUCGGCGAACUCGACCGGCUGUCGGAGCUGCUGAUCCGGAUCUACGAGGCGAACGAGCGGCUGGUCGAGCGGAUCUCGCAGCUGGCGGCGCUCGAGAUCAACGGCGACCAGUCUACCGCCAGCAUCCUCUUCCGGGCGAACACGCUGCUGACGAAGAUGCUGGAGGCGUACAUGCGCCUGGUGGGCCGGACGUUCCUGGAGGCGAGUCUGGGCGCGGUGAUCCGGCGGAUCUGCGGGGCCAAGGUCGAGCUGGAGAUCGACCCUGCCAAGCUCAAGGGCUCCCUCUCCGCGCACCAGAAGGAGAAGAUGGUGGGCGAGAACGCGCGGGAGCUGACGAAGAUCGCCAACGAGAUCUGGCAGUCCAUGUACAUCAACCGCUCCAAGUGUCCCGGCCGGCUCCGGAAGAUCUUCGUCAAGAUCCAGGAGCUCGUCGGCAACGCCUACGCCGACCAGGACAUGCGCCUCACCUCGAUCUCCGCCUUCGUCUUCCUGCGCUUCUUCGUCCCCGCGAUCCUCAACCCGCGGCUAUUCAACCUGAUCCAGUUCCAGCCGGACAGCAAGUCGCAACGGACGCUGACGCUGGUGGCCAAGACCCUACAAGGCCUCGGGAACCUGACGUUGUUCGGGGUCAAGGAGCCCUGGAUGAGCGCGAUGAACGAGUUCAUCAGCACCCAGUUGGACUCCUUCCGCGACUACAUCUCCUUCAUCGCCAGCGACUCCGACGGCUCCGCGAAGCCCGAAUGGACCUCCAACCAGUUCGAGGCGUACGGCCUGCCCUACGCCCUGCGCGCCUCCUUGCCCCCCGCGUCCAGGGACGGCAUCCCCACCUUGCCGCACCUGCUCGACCCCGUCCGCGACUGCGCACUCCUCGCCAGUCUCUCCUCCGCCUCCGACUCCGCUCGCCCCCGUCGAUACACCGACAUCCUCGUCCCCCCCUCCCUCGCCAAAAACGGCCCCAAGAGCUCGACGACAGACCAGUUCCUCAAGCUCUGUGCCGAGCUGUACUGCAAGGCCGAGCGCCGGGCCCUCAAGAUCCUGGCCAGCGUCGAGGGCCUGCCCACCCCGAUCCCCGCCGAGCUGGCCAACAAGCCCCCCACGCGCUGGAAACGCUCCCACACCGUCACGGCUGAGGCCCCGGCCAGCACGCCCGGCAGACUCCCGGGCCCCUCCGACGCGCCCGCUCUGCCCGCAUUGCCGCCGCCUUCCGUCCGGCUGAACCAGGCUGACGCCGGCCGCCUUCUCGCGAGAUCUCACGCCUCGGGCUCGCUCGUCGUGGCCGGCCGGAGCGGAAGGAGCCUGGCGCGGCCGCCGAUGCGCAGGAGGGCCGGGGCCGCGCGCUCGGACUCGUCGGUCUCGCUCAGCUCGCGCGGCUCGUCGGCCUUCGAGGCCUCGCCGGGCCCGGGACGCGUGCACGCCCCGCGCUUCCCCGCCCGCUUCCAGGGAGCCGGCUUUGCAGGCGAAGAGGGCGAAGAGGGCGAAGAGGGCGAGGACCGCGCCACGCCGACCUCCCGCUACCCCGCCUCCGCGCUCUCGAGGAGCAGCGCCAACAGCGGCGCAUCCGGCCCGGCCUCGUCCGCUACCUGGAGCACUAGGAUCAAUAAGAUCAUCCGCAAGAACUCCGCCGCUCGGUCUUGA